AUAGACACAAAACCCACGUGCUUUGGGAGGAAUAGCAGGGACAGUACCAUUCUGACCAGGGGCACAAUGAGGUCGCUCCGUGUCAUUUCUGCUGAAGCCUUGGUGUCCCACCCACAGCUGGCCCAGGAGAGCCUGGACAAUGUAGCCUACAACCUCUACCCACUUCUGUUUAAGGCCAGUUACCUGCUAGAGCAGGCAGAAGUAACCCGUGCUGUGCUGAGUCACUGGCCACUAGAGGAGUUCCGACUGGCUGCGCUGCUGGGGCCAAACACUGACCACCCUGAAGAUCUGCGUGAUCGUGCCUGCAAGGCCUGCCUGGAGGCCUGUAUGCAGGGCCUCGCUGACCAUGUGCUGCUAAGUGGGAGAGACCGGCUUCGGGUAGCUGAUUUCACAGGCAUCCAGGAUGUACAGGUGCAGCAAUGUCCUUGUGGGAGGGCACUAGGCAGGUGGGGCCGUACCAAGGCCCUGGCCAGGACCUGCUGCCAGCUCCAAGAACAGCCCUGGAUGACUGGACACCCCAUUGAAGUUUUUGCUGACCUUUUUGUCACAGAAGGCAACUUUGAUAUGGUGGUGCGGGCCCUGAAGCCAUCAGGCCCAGCCCCUCUGCAGGUCUGCUGCCCUUCACUCCGGGCAGACAGCCUAAGCCCUGGACAGCUCCUACAAGUGCUGGGCCUGGCUCGGCCAAGCAAGCUUAGGAAGUUGGAAGUAGUGCACAAUGUACGUUUGCAUGCUGGCCACGUGCAGCAGUUGCUGGCCCAGGUAGGCUUCCCUCAGCUGACCUCACUCACCUUGCCCACCAAGGCAUUCGAUGCACCCCCAACCUGUACCCCAACUCCAGAGGGUGAGGAUCCCCUCCUCACCUCUAUUGCCUGGGAGCUCAGCAGGAUGAACCAGCUCACCGAGCUAAGUGUAGCUUUCUCUACACUGACUGGGAAGAUCCAAACGUUGCUUAGCCCCUUGAAGACACCGCUGAGAGUGUUGGACCUAGCCAACUGUGCCCUUAAUCAUGAAGACAUAUCCUUCUUAGCAGACUGUAACCACACUGCCCACUUGGAGGUGCUGGACCUCAGUGGACACGACCUGGUACAUCUGUAUCCUUCUGCCUUCUUCAGGCUACUGAGCCAGGCUGCCCAAACGCUGAGAGUGCUUACCCUAGAGGAGUGUAACAUCACAGACAACCAUGUUAACAUGAUGAUUCUGGGCCUCAGCCCUUGCAACCAGCUUCAGGAGUUCAAGUUCCUUGGGAACCCACUGUCAGCCAGCGCUCUCCAGCGACUUUUUACCGCCCUCUGCGAACUCCCGAGGCUGCGCCACAUUGAGUUCCCAGUGCCAAAGGACUGCUACCCUGAGGGAGCCACUUACCCCCAGGAUGAGCUGUCCGUGUCCAAAUUCGACCAGCAGAAAUACGACAUGAUCGCAGAGGAUCUGCGAGCAGUGCUGCUCCGAGCUAACCGGGAGGACAUCCAGGCCUCCACGCCUCUUUUCGGAAGUUUUGACCCAGACAUUCACGAAACCAGCAAUGAACUUGGUACUUUCUUGCUGCAAGCUUUCAAAACUGCUUUGGCAAACUUUUCCAGAGCGUUAGAACAAAUGGAGUAGGCCCUGGAAUCAUGCCAUCAGAGGCUGCAUUUUUAGCGCCCUGAGG